AUGUGCCGCUUUCUGGUAUACAAAGGCAGUGACGAGAUCCUCCUCUCCAAGCUCAUUCUCGACCCGACACACUCGAUCCUCAAGCAGUCCUUUGACUCCCGGUUGCGCCUGGACACGCGGCGCGGCCAGAACAAUGCCGAUGGCUUCGGCAUCGGCUUCUACACCGACCCCAAGCUAGGAUCCGCGCCCUGCCUCUUCACCUCGACCACCCCGGCCUGGAACUGCACGAACCUACAGCGAAUAGCAUCCAAGACCGCGUCACGCCUGAUUUUCGGCCACGUCCGUGCCACGACCGAGGGCUCGCUUAGCGAGGACAACUGCCACCCAUUCACCCAUGGCAGCUUGAUGUGGAUGCACAACGGCGGCCUCGGCGGGUGGAAGCACAUAAAAAGAAAGCUGGGCGCCCGCCUGGCGGACAAGUGGUAUCUUGGAGUCAAGGGCGGCACCGACAGCGAGUGGGCAUUUGCCCUCUUCCUCGACACCCUCGAGCGUCUCGGUCACGACCCGAGCGCGUGCCCCGAAAAAGGGUUCGGACCUACCGUCUUGCGCACGGCGGUGGAGCAGACAAUAGCCCAAAUAAACGCUCUGACGGACUCGAUACCGCAGGACGUUUUGCAGAGCGAAGAUGUCGAUACUAGGAGUCUGCUCAACUUUGCGGUCACAGACGGCCACAGCAUCAUUUGCACAAGAUAUAUCAGCAGCUCGCGGGACGAGGCUGCCAGCUUGUACUACUCCUCGGGAACGCAAUGGGUCACGCGCACAGCCGACCCAAAUGAUCGACAGUAUCAGAUGGAGCGUAAGGACAGAGGCGCCGACAUUGUCCUCGUCGCCAGCGAACCCCUAACGUUUGAACGAGAGAACUGGGUCAAUGUACCGACAAAUUCCAUCCUGACAAUCCACCGCCAGACCGUCAUGGUACACCCGAUACUGGACAAGUAUUACGAGCGGGACCCGCACCAUGUUCGCUCAAGCGCCUUUGUCCAAGCCAAGGGCCUCGUGUCGAACGAAAAGGCCCCCAGCGGGACCAUCAGCCCAGCAAACGAACCUCCCCAGGCCAGCUUCGACGGAUACAGGAAACUUGCAGCGCAGUCCCUCUGCUCGCGCAGCAUUAGCCCCGACGUCGUCCGUCGCCCCCUGACGCCGGCGUCAUCGAGGGGCUCCGCUGUCUCCCGUUGA